GACACCACAGUCGAGGACAGGCGGUCUCGCGUUUAACUUGUCCAUCAAUUCCAUGUCGCCGUUGGUCCUGUUAUUUCGUUACGGAGUUCUGGCCAUCACUUUCGCUAGCGGCUUCGGCGAUGAGCAUGAAUACAGAUUGACCAAGUAUCUUCUGGAUGGAUACGACGCCGGUGUUCGGCCGGCGAAAAAUUCUUCUCAGCCUUUGGCGGUCGUCUUUGGACUUUCCCUUCAUCACAUAAUCGAUGUCGACGAGAAGAACCAGAUACUCACGACGAAUUGUUGGGUCACGCAAUCCUGGACGGACCAUCAUUUGAAAUGGAACGCCUCGGAAUUCGCUGGAAUCCGGGUAAUUCGCGUGCCCUACAAUCGUAUUUGGAGACCAGACACGAUUCUGUACAACAACGCAGAUCCACAGUACAGUUCGGCGGUCAUCAAUACGAACGUGAUCGUCAGCCACACGGGAGAAGUGCUGUGGCUGAGUCACGGGAUCUUUCGUAGUAGCUGCGACAUCGACGUGGAGUUUUUCCCUUUCGACGAGCAACGAUGUCUACUGAAAUGGGCCUCGUGGACGUACGACGGAUACCAACUCGAGUUGGAGAAACAAAGCGAGCAAGGAGACGUGAGCAAUUACCAAGCUAACGGUGAAUUCGAUCUACUCGAUUUCUCCGCGAGAAGAAACGUCGAGUAUUACUCGUGCUGCCCGGAACCGUAUCCGGACAUCACCUACGAGAUCCGACUACGACGCCGUCCGAUGUUCUACGUUUUUAAUUUGAUCCUCCCUUGCAUACUUAUCAACGGUGUAGCUCUGUUGGUAUUCUACGUGCCCUCGGAAUCGGGGGAAAAAGUCACCCUCGGGAUUUCGGCUCUUCUCUCCAUGACGGUCUUCUUGAUGACCAUUCGCGAGACGCUUCCGCCCACGGAGAAAACACCGCUGAUAAGCCUUUAUUACGGUGUCAGUAUAUGCCUGGUAUCGUUCGCUUCGGGAUUAGCGGUGGUCACUUUGAAUCUUCACCAUCGAGGCGUUCGAGGAACCAGAGUGCCGGGUAUCGUUCGAUCUUUGGUCCUGAACAAACUCGCUCGAGUAGUUUUCCUCAAUUUCCAAGAGGAGAAAAGAUCGGAACCGGUCGAACCUCCGAGAAGAAAGAACAAUUGUCCGUUGCACUGUAAGCCGGAAGUGACGCAAUCGCAGUCGUCGCCUAAAUUCAUGUCCAGAAGGGACGAGAGCAACAGCAGCAGUCCAACUUUAGAUCUGGGAAAAGAGGGCAGUCUCGAGGCUCAAUGGUCCCGCGUUCUGGGAAGAGUGCAUGCGACGAUCGAAAGGAACGAGCAACGACUCGCUGACCAAGAUCAUCGGGAGAGAAUGGAAUUAGAUUGGAAACAGGUCGCGUUGGUAAGCGAUCGAGCUCUUCUCUGCGUUUUUUUCUUUACAACGAUCGUCAGUACCACUGUCAUUCUUUGUGGCUCACCACCGUCCACGAACACUGCCAGAGACGACUGAGAUGUCAACGCGUCGCGUCGUGCCCUGAUCAUAGGAAAAUACAAUUAAUUAAGAACACCGUCGAAUAAGAUCCAUGUUAUCCUCGGUAUUUCGUU